UGCGCGCGCAUCCAGACAGCCUCUCCAUUACCUCAACAUUGCAAUCCGCGGUGGCGCUGCCGACGUCAUCUUUAAUCAGAAAAAUAUGCGGGUUCUUUGGAGCAGCAAGCCACGCUCCUACAAUUCCUCAAACUCCCGUGAAUCAAGUGUCAACAAACAGCGUCCGUUCAAAAUGCCGCUUCCUGACCUGUUUCAGACUGAGGCACUACACCGUGAUAUCCUCAACAGGAAUAAAACAGCAUUCAACCAGGUUAUUGAGCGGUACAUUUCCCUGGCACACGGACUUCCUCCUCCACUAGAUGAAUGUCCCUACCAGUCUCCACACAACAGCAAAAACAAACCAAGUUCAACUCCCUUAUACCCCCAGAAGAACCUUUCCAGGACAGGUGCAACCAUAAAAACCAGCACUGUCUCCCCAGCGAUCUCAUUGAGGCAAGAUUCAUGUUGUGAUGAGGAUGAUCUUGUUAGAGAAGUAGAGGAAUCACUGCAGAGGAGGAAACAACAGCUUGGGUUAAGUGAUGACUUUAUAUGUGAGGAGAUAGAGGAUUAUGAGGUUGAUGAGGAUGACCCCACUUGGGAUGGCUCUCAUUACCAUGCCAGGAUGAAUUUACCCACCAGAUUGCAUAAAAAGAGAAAACUUUCUGAUAAUCUUAUUACAAACACAGUGGGGUCAUCUGAUGAAAACAAGUCUCGAAAGAAAGCAAAAGCACCUGUGGAUGAAGUAAGCCUUUCCCAAAACAAAACUGCUGAUUUGAGGAAGCUUUCUGUGCAGGACAGGCUUUCAGAUGUGAGCAACUUACCAAGAAGAAGAGGUAGACCUCCCAAAAGAAAGUCAGUGCUGGAGGUGAAUGCUGAGGGUGAUAUAUCAAAGAAAAAAUGUAGAUUGCCCAAACAAAAGUCAGUGCAGAAGGUGAGCGUUGAGGGUGAUACAUCAAGGAAGAGAGGUAGACAGCCCAAAGCAAAAGUGGCGGCAGAGAGUCAAGAAAAUCUGAGACAGAACAACCCAAGGAAUGAACCCAAACGGAGAGGCAGGCCACCCAAGAAGAAUAAAACAUUGAGUCUGAACCCCACCAAGGACGGAACCUCAAACAAAAGGUCACCUGAUGAAAACAAUGAACCAAAACGGAGGGGCAGGCCACCCAAGAAGAAUAAAACAUUGAGUGUGAACCCCACCAAGGACGGAACCUCAAACAAAAGGUCAGGUGAUGAAUACAAAGAACCCAAACGGAGGGGCAGGCCACCCAAGAAGAAUAAAACAUUGAGUCUGAACCCCACCAAGGACGGAACCUCAAACAAAAGGUCACCUGAUGAAAACAAUGAACCCAAACGGAGGGGCAGGCCACCCAAGAAGAAUAAAACAUUGAGUCUGAACCACCAAGGACGGAACCUCAAACAAAAGGUCACCUGA